CCGUCUUCAGGAUCGGGUGUGACUUCUCGUGUGAUGGGCAUAAGUUGAUCUGCUUCGGUUGGCGGUCCUCGGACUGCCGGUGGUGGUACUCGGCUUGGUCCUGCUGCUGCUACUGCAGGUAUGGUGUUGGAGUGCCAGAAGCCGUCACUGUCGAAGUCGGGAUCAAGAUCCGGCGGGUGUGUCCAGGCGGCGAACGAUACGAUACCGUCGCUGUCGGCAGUACCGCGGUCGGGGACAAAGUCCAACACGAAGACACCGGACUUCAGGAGGGCACGACCUAUGAAGAGGCCGCCCUUCCCGUGGUAAAGCCGGAACUCGUUGGAGAAGGAGUCGCACUCCAGGUUUUCGUUGUUGGCGACGGUGAUGACGACGUCGCGGUUGAGCCGUUUCUCCUGUUGCACGAAGCGUCCCGAGGAGCACAUGUGUUGACCACAGCAGCUGUCCAGGAACCAGGUGUUUCGUCCGGUUGGUUCGGCGUUGGCGACCGCAGCGUACGUCGGAUUGACUUGAAGUCCUUGUGAGCGUGGUGGCGGGAGCUCUUCUUCGUCUGGCGCAUGUUGAAGAGCGCCUUGGGGGACUUGCUUGGGUUGAAGCAACUUGUGGGUCUGCUGGACGGUAAACGCGAGGGCGGUUGCAGUUGACCUUGGAGUGCCCGGAAGUCUGACAGUUGUGGCAGAACGGCGGCACAAAGGUCCAUCUCCUGUUGUUCAGCGUGAAGCUCGGCGCAGAGGUGCAUCUCCGAAAUUCUUCCGUGGGCGCGAAGAAGUGAUCGUGUGGUUCUCCAUUCUGGCCCGAGCCCGGCGAGGACAAGUGUCACGAAGCUUUCUUCAGUGAUUGUUCCUCCGCACCGAAGCAGGCGGUCGCGGAGAGUCUGGCAUCGACUCAUAUAUUGCAUUGCCUUUUCCCCGGUCUUCAUCUGUAUUGUUGUCAGUUGUUGCAUGAGUCUGCUUUGCGUCACGCUGUCGUUUGCUUGAUAAAGGCACUUGAGAUGAUGCCAUGCGAGUUCCGCGGAGUUCCCAUAACUCCGAUAUGUUCUGAUGCUCUGCUGUUCUUGUGGUGACAGGUUCCGCAGGAGGACUGUAUACGCCAGCAGCGACUGAUACGUGAAGAUCUCUUGCUCCUUUCCAGUGCCGUUGCUUGGAAAUGGCAGGGACCCGUUGAAGUAUCCCAGAAGAUGCGCGGCCUCCAUCAGCAGCUCGAACUCGAAGCUCCAGCUGCUGUUGGUUGGGCGCGGGGCGGCAUGAACUCGAACGUCCCCGGUGAAGAAUGAUACGGCGCAAAGGUGUCCUUGUCUGCUGCUGCUGGUCGAAGUGCGACAUGAAGCUGAAGAACCUUUCCAUAAGGUUGGGGUCCACGCUUGAAGAGGGAGAUGGAGUAACCAUCUCUGGUACUCUUCCCGUUGUUUCUUGAGUAGUCCCGGUCUCUGUCUGCAGUCCUGAGGUGUGCAGACCAGAGUUGCCGUGUUGAGUUUCUUGGCCGCUGGGUGAGCCCGUAGAGACUUUCUUGCCCUUGCUGUCCAUGUCUUGCAAUCAAUGAAGUCGUUGAAUUGAGUUGAGUUGCAGGUUGGUGAUAGAACGUAGUUGCUGGGAGUUUGGUCUCUGACCAGCUCUCAUACCAUGUUGUGCUGAGAAAAGCCCUUGGGAUCUUUCCAGAGACUAAGUCCCAGCUGUAAAGACUUGAGACUUGGGGUAGUGCAGCGGAAGUUGAGGCAGUUGAACCCUUGUACUAGUAUGUGAGAACAAGUGAUAAUAAAAAGACAAACAUACA